GCGUCGCGAACGCGAUUGCAAAACUGAAUUCAGCCUCACGCUUACGACUACUCGCGCGCACGUAGUAGAAACGUGCGGCUCCUCGUAAAGAGCUUUAGCCGUUCCUAUCCAAUCGAGGACCAAUCGUUACUGAUCAGUGAUAACUCCGAACACGUUGCAGCAGAGAGCGAGUUUCCAGCACGUAUAAUACUACAAAAACACCGUCGCAAUGGCGGACGCAGCGGCCCGGCAACUGCAAUACGAGUACAAAGCGAACUCCAAUCUUGUUUUACAAGCUGAUGUUCGACUCAUCGAGAGACGAAGCAGAGAUGAAGCUACAGGAGAAGUUAUGUCCCUUGUUGGGAAACUUGAUGGAACAAAAAUGGGUGAUCGUGCCAAAAGAACUAAACCAGGCAAAGCUGAAGAACGGAAAGUAAAACGUCAAAAAAGAGACGAAGCUCAGUAUGACUUUGCUCAUAGUAAAGGAGCUACUGUUCUCUCAGAAGAUGUUGAUGAUACGGUAGGGAUUAUGUAUAGACCAAAAACACAAGAAACUCGUCAAACUUAUGAGGUACUAUUGAGUUUCAUUCAAGAGGCUCUUGGUGAUCAACCACAUGAUAUUCUUUGUGGUGCUGCUGAUGAAGUAUUAUCUGUAUUGAAAAAUGAUCGCCUAAAAGAGAAAGAGAAGAAAAAAGAAACUGAACAAUUACUAGGAAAUUUGGCUGAAGAAAGAUUUGCACUCCUAGUAAACUUAGGAAAGAAAAUCACAGAUUUCGGAACUGAUGAAAAAACUACCGGUGGAGAAGAAAAUAUUGAAACUUAUGGUAUAAAUGUUCAAUUUGAAGAAAGUAGUGAAGAAGAUGAUGAGGAUGUUUAUGGUGAAGUGAGAGAUAAUGAGGAUGAAGGAGAUGAAGGUGAAGAAGCUAAUGAUAACAGAGCUAUCCAUGCUGAAAAUCUUGGUAGAACAGAAGAAAUGAAAAAAGAAAAAACUCUUCAUCCAAGAGAUAUAGAUGCUCAUUGGUUGCAGCGACAACUGAAUCCUAUCUAUAACGAUGCUAUAGUAUCACACGAUAAAGCUAGAGAAGUUUUGCAUAUACUAAAAACAGCCACUGAUGAUCGAGAUUGUGAAAGCCAACUUGUACUAAAGCUUGGUUAUGAUUGCUUUGACUUCGUCAAACAACUUCGACAAUAUAGACAUAUGAUUGCAUAUUGCAUAUCGUUGGCAUCAUCUCAAUCUGAAUCAGAACGACAGAAAAUUCGCAAAGAAAUGAGUGAAAAUCCUCAACUGUCCAAAAUUCUUCAAGCUCUUGAUACUGGAAAGGGAGAAGAUGGCGAAGAAACUAUGGAAGCUAGAGCACAAAGAAAACGCAGAGAAGAACAUGAAGAUGCUGGAGGCCCUGGUGGUCUUGUACAAGGUACAAGAAACAUGAUUGAUUUGGAAGACAUUGCGUUCUCACAAGGAAGUCAUUUUAUGCCCAAUAAGCGCUGUCACUUACCUGAUGGUAGUUUCAGAAAACAACGAAAAGGUUAUGAAGAAGUGCAUGUUCCUGCUCUGAAACCAAAACCAUUUGCUGCUGAUGAAAAAUUGGUCUCUAUCAGUGACUUACCAAAAUUCGCACAGCCAGCUUUUGAAGGUUUCAAAACACUCAACAGAAUACAGAGUAGAUUGUAUAAAACUGCUCUUGACGAGGAUGAGAAUUUAUUGUUGUGUGCACCAACUGGUGCUGGUAAAACUAAUGUCGCAUUGCUGUGUAUGAUGCGAGAAAUAGGAAAACACGUGAACUCUGAUGGUACCAUCAACGCUGAUGAUUUCAAAAUCAUAUAUAUUGCCCCUAUGCGUUCACUGGUACAAGAAAUGGUUGGAAACUUUGGAAAAAGAUUGGCUGGUUACAACCUUACAGUUUCUGAGUUGACUGGUGAUCACCAACUUACCAGAGAACAAAUUGCAUCGACGCAGGUCAUUGUUUGUACUCCUGAAAAAUGGGAUAUUAUUACCAGAAAGGGAGGCGAGAGAACCUUCACAUCUCUUGUAAGACUCAUCAUCAUUGACGAAAUUCAUUUACUUCACGACGAGCGAGGACCUGUUCUUGAAUCAUUGGUGGCUAGAACUUUGAGAAACAUCGAAACCACUCAAGAAGACGUAAGAUUAGUUGGUCUGUCUGCUACUCUACCAAACUACAAAGACGUUGCUACGUUUUUGCGCGUUAAAACCGACACCGGUCUAUUUUAUUUUGACAAUAGCUUCCGACCUGUUGCUCUUGAACAACAGUACAUUGGAGUUACUGAAAAGAAAGCUCUGAAACGUUUCCAAGUAAUGAACGAAGUCGUGUAUGAAAAAACAAUGGACCACGCUGGCAAAAAUCAAGUACUCGUGUUCGUGCAUUCUCGCAAAGAAACUGGCAAAACUGCGCGCGCUAUUCGCGACAUGUGCUUGGACAAGGACACCAUCAGUCAAUUUGUACGCGAUGGCUCAGCCUCCAUGGAAGUGCUGCGAACCGAAGCUGAACAAGUGAAAAAUAGUGAACUCAAAGAUCUACUGCCUUUCGGAUUCGCCAUCCAUCAUGCCGGUAUGACUCGAGUCGAUCGUACGCUCGUUGAAGAUUUGUUCGCCGACAGACACAUUCAAGUACUGGUGUCGACCGCCACCCUGGCUUGGGGUGUGAAUUUACCAGCUCACACUGUAAUCAUCAAAGGCACGCAAGUGUACAAUCCAGAGAAGGGUCGUUGGACCGAAUUAGGUGCUUUGGAUGUCUUGCAGAUGCUUGGUCGAGCUGGUCGUCCUCAAUACGACACCAAGGGUGAAGGUAUACUGAUUACAAAUCACAGUGAAUUGCAGUUCUAUCUGUCACUGUUGAAUCAGCAAUUACCGAUCGAAUCGCAAUUCGUGAGUAAAAUGCCAGACAUGCUGAACGCCGAAAUCGUCUUGGGUACGAUUCAGAAUGUGCGCGACGCAGUAACGUGGCUGGGCUACACGUACUUGUACAUCCGUAUGUUGCGCUGUCCGAAUCUCUAUUCCGUCAGCUCCGACUAUCUGAAGGAAGAUCCAUUGCUGGAGCAGCACAGAGCCGAUCUCGUUCACUCCGCGGCGGUGACGCUCGACCGCGCGGGAUUGAUAAAGUACGAUCGCAAAACCGGCAAUUUCCAACCGACCGAACUGGGACGUAUCGCCUCGCACUACUACUGCACACACGAGACAAUAGCGACUUACAAUAAUUUGCUCAAGAGAACCCUGAGCGAAAUCGAACUUUUCCGAGUAUUUUCACUGUCGGGAGAAUUCAGAAACAUCAAUGUUCGUGAUGAAGAGAAGAUAGAGCUUCACAAGUUAAUGGAACGAGUUCCCAUACCUAUCAAAGAAAACAUGGAAGAGCCUAGCGCCAAGGUUAAUGUGUUGCUUCAAGCUUACAUAUCCCAACUGAAACUUGAAGGUUUCGCUCUGAUGUCGGAUAUGGUUUAUGUUACCCAAUCAGCGUCUCGACUCAUGCGAGCGAUCUAUGAAAUAGUAUUGUUCCGCGGUUGGGCCCAAUUGGCUGACAAAUGCUUGAGUUUGUGCAAGAUGAUCGAUCGCCGAAUGUGGCAGUCGAUGUCACCUUUACGCCAGUUCCGCAAGAUGCCCGAAGAAAUCGUCAAAAAAAUUGAAAAGAAAAACUUCCCAUGGGAACGUCUCUACGAUCUUGGUCCCAACGAAAUCGGUGAACUUAUUCGCGUGCCAAAGCUCGGCAAAACCAUUCAUAAGUACGUCCAUCAGUUCCCGAAAUUGGAGCUCUCGACUCAUAUUCAACCAAUCACUCGAUCUACUUUGCGCGUUGAGCUUACCAUUACUCCUGAUUUUAUCUGGGAUGAAAAAGUACAUGGGGCGUCGGAGGCCUUUUGGAUUCUCGUCGAGGAUGUCGAUUCAGAGGUUGUUUUACAUCAUGAAUAUUUCCUGUUAAAACAAAAAUACGCAACCGAUGAACAUACGGUCAAAUUUUUCGUAUCAGUGUUUGAGCCUUUGCCACCUCAAUACUUUUUACGAGUGGUGUCGGAUAGAUGGAUAGGCGCAGAAACGCAAUUGCCUGUUAGUUUCAGGCAUCUCAUACUUCCCGAAAAAAAUCUACCACCAACAGAGUUGUUAGAUUUACAGCCGCUACCUAUAUCAGCCUUGCGAAAUAAAGUCUUCGAGAAGUUGUAUGAAGAUAAAUUCAAUCAAUUUAAUCCAAUUCAAACUCAGGUUUUUAAUGCUGUCUACAACACAGACGAUAAUGUCUUUGUUGGUGCACCAACUGGUUCUGGUAAAAUGACGAUCGCGGAGUUUGCCGUUUUACGUCUUUUAUCUCAAAACCCCGAUGGUCGUUGUGUUUACAUGGUGAGCAAGGAAUCAUUAGCCAAAAUCGUCUAUGCGGAUUGGAUGACCAAAUUCCAGAAAACUUUGGGAAAACCAGUGACAAUGUUGAGUGGCGAAACAACCGCCGAUCUCAAAUUACUCAACAAAGGACAAAUCAUAAUUACGACAGCUGAAAAAUGGGAUGUAUUAUCUCGAAGAUGGAAACAGCGUAAAAACGUUCAAAAUAUUCAACUUUUCAUCGUAGAUGAAUUACAAUUGAUCGGAGGCGAAGAAGGUCCCGUUCUCGAAGUUGUCUGCUCCAGAGCAAGGUACAUAUCUGCCCAACUUGAAAAACCCACGCGCAUCGUCGCUUUAUCAAGCUCUUUAGCCGACGCCAAGGACGUAGCUCAAUGGUUAGGUGCUCCAGCUUCGUGCACCUUCAACUUUCAUCCAUCGGUGCGCCCGCUACCUUUGGAACUUCACGUUCAAGGCUUCAAUAUAACUCACAACGCAUCGAGACUCGUAGCCAUGACGAAGUCGGUCUACAAUGCCAUCCUACGUCACGCCCCAAGAAAACCUGUCAUCGUGUUUGUGCCUACCCGCAAACAAGCUCGUCUCACGGCCUUCGAAAUUUUGACAUUUGCUGCGGCCGAAAAUAGACCCAAUCAAUUUCUACAUACCGAAGUCUCAGAGAUAGAGCCAUACUUGGAUCACCUGAGUGACAGAAGUCUUAGAGAAACUCUUAUACAAGGUGUAGCCUACAUUCACGAAGGCUUAUCAAAUAACGAUCGUCACAAUGUUCAAGAAUUUUUCGCGCGCGGUUACAUACAAGUAGCAGUGGUCACUCGCGAACUUUGCUGGAGUUUAUCAAUAUACUCCCAUCUAGUUGUUAUUAUGGACACACAGUGUUAUAAUGGCAAAACGCAUACGUACGAAGACUAUCCCAUCACUGACGUUCUGCAGAUGGUGUCCCGUGCCAAUAGGCCUCAAAUAGACGACGACGGCAAAUGCGUACUUCUAUGCCAAAGCUCCAAAAAAGAUUUCUUUAAAAAGUUUUUGAAUGAACCCUUGCCAGUAGAGAGUCAUUUGGAUCAAAGACUUCACGAUCAUUUCAAUGCCGAAAUUGUGACGAAAACAAUUGAAAACAAGCAAGACGCCGUAGAUAAUCUCACUUGGACAUUCCUUUACAGAAGACUCACCCAAAAUCCUAACUACUACGGACUCCAAGGAGUGACACACAGACAUCUUUCUGAUCACCUUUCAGAGUUGGUUGAAAGUACCUUGACCGAUCUCGAACAAGCUAAGUGCGUUACUGUCGAAGAUGAGAUGGACACGGUACCAUUGAAUCUUGGAAUGAUCGCCGCAUAUUACUACAUUAAUUACGCUACCGUUGAAAUGUUCGAUGCAUCGUUGACUGCUAGAACUAAGAGUCGUGGCUUAAUUGACAUCAUAUCCGCAGCUGCUGAAUAUGAAUAUAUACCAGUCAGACAGAGAGAAGAGAGCUUAUUGAAAAGCCUUGCAACAAGAUUACCUCAUGCGCCGCAAGCACAGAAAUUGGCUGAUCCUCAUGUGAAGGCACAAUUAUUAUUGCAGGCACAUUUAUCACGAAUUCAAUUGGGACCGGAACUACAAAAAGAUACAGAAUUGGUACUCAGUAAAUCUAUCAGACUUAUACAAGCCUGCGUUGAUGUGCUCAGCUCUUCAGGUUGGUUAGCUCCAGCUGUAGCAGCUAUGGAACUGGCUCAGAUGGUCACUCAAGCUAUGUGGUCCAGAGAAUCCUACUUGAAACAAAUUCCACACUUUACAUCUGAAAUAAUAAAACGUUGCACAGAUCGUGAAGUUGAGACGGUCUUUGACAUUAUGGAGCUUGACGACGAUGUCCGUGCUCGUUUACUACAACUAUCAGAUUCUCAAAUGAACGAUGUCGCAAGAUUCUGCAAUCGUUAUCCCAACAUUGAAAUGUCCUAUGAAGUGAUCGACAAAGACAGAAUUCGACACGGCGAACCCGUGAACGUUCAAGUAAAUUUGGAACGUGAAGACGAAAUAAGCGGUCCAGUUGUGGCGCCUCAUUUCCCUCAGAAGAGGGAAGAGGGAUGGUGGGUUGUAAUUGGAGAUCCCGACAAGAAUCAAUUGCUCUCAAUCAAGAGAUUGACUUUCCAACAGAAGACCUCUGUCAGAUUAGACUUUACAGCCCCAGCAGCUGGAAGACACUCUUAUACACUGUACUUCAUGAGUGACUCUUAUUUGGGAUGCGAUCAAGAAUACAAAAUUAACAUUGACGUUGGAGAGUAUGUGUCGGAAGAUGAUGCCAGUUCUGGAUCAGAAUCCGAGUAAUUUAUGCGUAGCUUAGAAAAACAAUUAAUUCAAUAUUCAUUCAAAUCAUAUAUUGCAACCCAAUAUAUUUUUAAUUUUUAUGAUUCCAACAAAAAAUGUUUUUCAAAUGUAUUUCAAAGCUUGUAUAUAAUUUAAAAUGUAAAUAAUAAUAUCUUGUUAAUGAAAUAACAAUUUUACAACUUUGAAUAAUUUAAUGGGAUGCAGUAUCUAAAAAGGAAAUAGCAAUCAUUGUAUGAGAUAUUCUGCAGUUUAUCUCAAUCCAUUCGUAAAGAUAGUUUGUAUUAUUAUAAUUGAAAUUUUGAAUUAGUAAAUACAAUGAUCAUCUCGAAAUUUAAA